AUGCCCCCUGAUUGGGAUCCUCAAAAGCAGUAUGAUGAGCUCCCCGCAAGCCAGCGGGCCAUUCUUGAGAACAACUUCAUUGGUCUGUCUGACGGGGAGAAAUACUAUGGUCUAGAGAAGGGCUGGCUCUACUGUGAGCUGUGCCGGAAGAAGACGAGUAUUUCUUUUGAUAUUAUGAGCACCCAUCUGCAGUCUGAGAAGCACCAACGGUAUCUGAGGUGGAUGGAAAUGCAACCUGAUGAAGCUCGAAUGAAGGCUAUUGAGGAUAUGCAGCUCACGAAC